UGCAUCAUUCGGUUCUGCAGUGACCAACCAAAGCCACAGGGAUACCAGCUUUUGCUCUUUACACCGCUACAACGCUAAACAAUCAUGCACAAGAACACCAUUUGGUACGGAGCUGUGCUCCUUGUCGUCUACUUCACGCUGGUGUUUUGCGAGGAGACGAAGAACGAGGAGGCUCCGGCGCAAUUGGAUAACCAAGUGGAGGACACAUGGGAAAAUCUCGGCCGGGAGCUAAUGGAGUUUGAGGGACGUACUCGACGCCAUCGUCACCACAUGUUCUGGUAUCGUCACCUAUGGCCCAUUGCCAUUGCUUACUGGAUCAAGGUGAAAGUGGUGAUCGUAUCCUUCUUUGUGGGCAGUGCCAUCUACUUGGGUCUGCGCUAUUUCUGGCCCCAUGCCAGGUGCAACCAGGAGAUCAUCCUUGAUCAUCCUCCUUCGUCUUUCUCUCAUCACGAUCACAUUCCCUACUCUCUGGACCACGAUCACUCGGAGCACUAUGAUGCUCCUUCAUCUUUUGACUCCGGCGCCAGUUUCGAGCCCUAUUCCGGAUACAGCAGCUAUGCUGGAUCGGACAUUGUCUCUGAUGUGCAUGGCGACUACCAUAGCGAAUCUCCCUCUGGACCAAGUGGCCCAUCUGGUCCCGUAGACACGCGCCGUCGCGGACGCCGUAGCGCUGCAGAUAACGCCCAUUUGAUCCAAGAUGAGCAGGAGGAAGAGCAUGUGGAGAUUGUGGAUGAGGAAAUUUCAGAGAGCGUGGCUCGCCAAAUGCCCGCCGAAGAGCAGAUUGCCGAUUUUAUGUUCGCCUUUUUGGGCCUGGACUCAAAGGCGUGCCGACGCCGAUUUGUCUGCGAAAUGGAGUUUAGAUCCAAGUUGAAUCCCUUGACCAGCAUGGCUUUCCGCAUUGUGGGUCGCGGUUUCUUUGAGAAGUACACCAAUGCCAGAAAUCCUAUGGCCAGGGCCACCAGCUUUGGCGAGUGUGCUGCCGUCAAUCCCGAGUGCAUUUUCGUGGAGAACGACAACGGCGAGGAAAAUCCGGAGUCGGAGGCACACCAGGAGGCUGAUCAGCAACAGGAGGAGCAGGCAGUCACCGAGGAAUCUGCCGCUGAGGAUUCCCAGAAUGAGAUCAACCUCCAAGCCGAAAGGCGACGAGCCAAGCACAAGAAUCGCAAGCUCAGCUCCAUUGCCGAGCACAUCCUGAUGCAGUAGAACAGCCUUGUCUAAUUAAUCUAUUUAAUUGUAUUUAUUUAUUUUAGCUAUAAGAGUGGAUAACGAACACAAAUAAACUUGCCUCAAUCUAUGUAUGGAAAGUG